UGUCCUUUACUUAUCGCCAAAUUGCCGAUCACUACAAUAAACUAAAAAAAUUUGAUUCGCGAAAAAAUAAAAAACUUAAUAAAGUUUAAAAUGCCCGAUGCUGAACAAUUGCCUGAUGGCUGGGAGAAGCGCACAAGUCGCUCCACAGGUCUUAGCUAUUAUCUGAACGUGCACACCAAGGAGUCGCAGUGGGAUCAGCCCACCGAGAUAGCCAAAAAGUCGGGCUCGAACGCUGCCGAUGGACCGGCCGAGGUGCAGUGCCUCCACUUGCUGGUGAAGCACAAGGGCAGCCGACGGCCGAGCUCGUGGCGCGAGCAGCAUAUCACACGGACCAAAGAGGAGGCCCAGCUGCUACUCGAGGUCUAUCGCAACAAGAUCGUACAGCAGGAGACGACAUUCGAGGAGCUGGCCCGGUCCUAUUCCGAUUGCAGUUCGGCCAAGCGCGGCGGCGAUCUCGGCAAGUUUGGACGCGGUCAAAUGCAGCCACCCUUCGAGAAAGCCGCCUUCGCCUUGAAUGUAGGUCAACUCUCGGGCAUUGUGGAUACCGACUCGGGCCUACACAUCAUACAGCGCAAGUCCUAGGCACCCAGCAUAAGCAUGAAAAUUAAAACAAUUAUUAAUUAAGUUGAAACAAUACAAAGGCGCUACAGCUGAAGGAAAAUUAAUGCUUGAAGGUUACUUCCAUGCACGAAAAGAAGGAGAAAGAACAGCUAAACGGCGGUCCAUGAGGAUAAAAUGUAAAAGGAUUUAAGUCGCUUCCCAGAUCCCAGUUAAAAUUUUAAACCUACGAAAAUGCUGCGCGCACCAUUAGAAGGGAUAAAUUCAAACAUAUAAACAAA